AUGUGCUUCCAAAACGCAUUCGGUGUUUUCCAAGAACCCCACGGACAGAACAUUCUUCAGAAGCAUUCAGAACUUGACAUUGCUUGGAUCGGGUCAUUGUUGACCUGUACGUUGUUUUUCUCUGCCACUCUGGCUGGCAUAUUUGCUGAUCGUCUUGGUCCUACCAUUCCGCUUGCAAUCGGCAGUAUAGGAACGCUAAUUGCUAUCUUCAUGACUUCCCUCUGUGAUCUUCUAUAUCAGUUCCUGCUGACCCAAGGCUUGCUCUUGGGUAUCAGCAACGCAUUUCUCCUGUGCCCUGCCAUGGCCAUCGUGUCCCACCUGUUUGAUAGACAUCAAAGCGUUGCAAGUGGUAUCAUGAUAUCCGGGUCGUCAAUUAGAGGCAUACUUGCGCUCCAAGAGUCCGAAAAAGAGACAGAAAACACUUCCACGGAAAGAAACAACAAAAGCAAAGAUAGCGCUGCUCUUGUGAGAAAUCCUGCAUUUGUUCUUCUAUGUGGUAGCCUUUCUCUAGCUACCUUUGGUCUUUUCAGCCCAUUAUUCUUUCUCUCCACCUAUGCUGUUUCGCAAGGCCUUUCAUCUAGGCUGGCAUUUUACAUUGUUUCAAUACUCAACAGGGGAUCCUUAGUUGGCAGAGUAUCCAUGGGCAUUUUCGCGGAUCGUUAUGGUAAUUUCAAUCUUUGCUUCCUUAUAGGUGCUCUUUCAGGUUAUUACGAUGCAAUAUUCAGCUUACAAACUCCCUGUGCCGUUCAGCUCGCAAGUCCAAAAUCAAAGGGCGCUUUAAUUGGAAUUAUUCUUAUUGCCCCUGCGAUUCCAGGCCUAAUAGACACACCCAUCAGCGGACAGCUUAUUAAACAAAGCUAUCUUGCACUAUCGAUGUUUUCCGGCGCUAUGCUGCUUGCCGGAUCAAUGCUUGUCUUAUAUAUCAGACUGCGCCAAAGCCGGAAGCUUUUCGUAAAGGUUUAA